UACUCCAUCUGAUGCGCCGCCUGCGGUCAGACUGAAGGGGCUGAACCAAGGGGGGGACGCAGGAGCGGGGCCAGCACCACUGCCCUGGGAUGUGCUCGCAGCACAAUCAAAUUCAUGCAAGAGGGAAGCAGGUGCUCAAGCCCCACCUGAGCCCUGUUUUGAACCAGAGAGAAGCAGCCCACUCAAUUUAUUUAAAGCCAAUGCUUGCACUGCUUUUUUUUUUUUUUGCCAGAAGUUUUGGACCUCCUGAAGCUCGGUGUAGCCUCCUGAUAUGUGGACCCCAAAUACUGGCUGAGCUCAAGGUUCAGACCAUGCUCACUCCACAUCCUUUCCCCCACUUUGCUUCCACCAAAAACUUAAAGGUCCCGGCAGGAUUUUACUAUUAAAUUGGUUUUAAAUUGGAUUGGUUUCGCCCCGAAACUCAACGGCACGCUUGGUGAGUUCACAACUGCCACCAGCAGAGGAAAAGGUUUGAAGAACCUGAGGCUAUCGAUUUCCCCCACGUCCUAGACGUGGCUGUGCCCUUGGCUGGCAUCGGAUGUGACUCACAUCCCAGCGAAACAGCAGCUCAGCAAUCCCUAGUGUUCGAACACGGCUCCACGUGAGGACUGUAAUUGGCCUUGAAGCCACAGGUUUCCCGACAACAGGAACAUCUGCGAGCCUUGAUAACCCACAGCAGCUUUCGCCUCUAAUGUGUCCGGAGCCACCUAUAAUGAGAGCCUGUUCCUACCCCCUGCAAUAAACUGCAAAUGGGAUGAGCAGAUCCUGAGGUCAGGGAAGAUGUUUCAUUUUGAAAACAUGAACGUUUCCCUGCCAUCCCAGCCGUCCUAACAAGGGGUCCAAUUAGCGUUUGUGACUUUGUCAUCCAUCCACCAGGGACGUGUGGAUGGGGACCACUGCUCUCAUUUCCACAAAGAUCAUGGAUCAGGAAGACAAAUCAUCCCUAAUGGGACCUCGGGGAGAGGCUCCGUUUUUAUUUCAAGUGAAAGGAUGCACAUGGAGGCCAACUUGUUCUGCAGGGCCAUAAAAUGCCACCGCCGCCAGUGACAGCAGUGCUCGACAGCAGUGCUCUCCAGCAGCAGCCAGCCUCCCUCCCCUCCGAGCAACUGCAUGUGCACAAGCACAUUUAUCAGGCUUCUGGCCAUAGCUUUGACUUUAAUUUUAUUUUUAAAGUGCAUUCACAUGCAAAUUGACUUGGCCUGGGAGGAUACAUGAAUACAAGAGCCCUUUCUUUCCUUUGGAGUGGCAUUAGGAGGAACACGGUGAAAAGAGCAAAGUUUCCUCACCUCCAGGCUGCAAUUCUGCAGCUAAGGAAAAGCAUGUUCAUUGUUUUCUUCUGCACACAGAUGCUGGCUGUGCUGUUUUCAGCAGUUUCGUUCAAGCGAGCCAUUUCAGAAUAUAAAAGCUUAGUGCAUAUCCAGGAAAAAAAAAAAAAAACAGCUGUUUUAUUUAUUGUAAGAGCAGGAGAUAAAUUAAGAUAACUGUGCAUGACCGUUUGAAACGUGGUCCUGUCCCAUGUCCUGAAUAAAAGCAGGAUCAGACCUGGUCUGGUAGGUAAGGGACUCCUGGGGGGGGAAAAAAAGAAAAGGAAAAAAAAAGAUUAGCAUGUGAGAUUGGAGUCUAGGAAAGAGCACAAUUCCUUCUGCCUCAGGCUGAAAAUCUGCAUGCUCCCCAAAAGAAGCACCUUUAGGGUGAAAGCAGACAGAAAACCUUCCACAGCACGUGGCAUACGCCAGCCCCACAUCUUGUGAUGUAUUGCUGCAGAUUGAGCACAAAAACAUCAAAAAAGCCUUGCAGCAAAGAGCUGCAGCAUCCAGCACCUGCCCUGCACCUGUGCCAGGGACAGGGCAGGCUCAGCCUGGGAGCAACACCAGCUCCAGCAACACCUCUUUCUGCAAGGACAUAAUGGAUUCACCUUGGAGCCGAGCUAAACUCUCGCUGAUGUGUAACACCACAUCAGGAAACUGUCCCCUAACUCCGAGUUAAACUUCUCCUGAGUUGCAGGGCUGCGAUGUGCUGUCAAAGCUGCAGCAGAAGUGGCAGUGUCAGUCACUGUGCUAAUGCAAAGAGCCUAGAGCUUUGAAUGGAGUGACACGGAAAAUGAUUGUGUGAUACACCUACGAAGGGCAACGGGCCCUGACAUCCACCACAUUCUUGUGCAUUGGGAAUAAUUCCUUUUACCUCGGAGGAGCCCAGCGGGAUGGGAGCACAGUGUCUAGUCUGCACGGCCACAAGCUGCCACCCUCUUCGUUCUGGGACCCUUUGUACCUGCUGUUCCCCACUGCUGUUCGCUUGAUGUUUCAUCACCUGAGCAUUUUCCCUGUGAUUUCAGCAACACCCAGCCAAAAGAUGCCAGCUUCACCUGUACUAUCAAAGGUAUUCAAGCACCAUGACUAUAAAAUGCACUGGCAAAAUGAAAACAGGCAGCGCCUGGGGUUAAGGUGCCAACUUUAUUAUUUAACAGAAAAUAAGAAUGGAAGUGCUUGUGAAGACGUAGAAACCAAGAGCUAUGAGUGAUCCUGCAGUUUUUAGUGAAGGAGCAGGUUGAAAUGGGUGUCCCAUAAGGGAGGAUUCUGGUGCUUUGGGAUCUGUAAUGCCGUCGGCAUGGACAUGGCUCUGCAGGGAGGGAACAGUCAUGGGUGGGUCAGGACGGCCGUAACCCCAGAAAGCACAGGGGUUUUCCAGGGGGUAACCUGUACUUGUAGCAGAAAGUUUCUGGAAAGAAAAUAAACAAAUAAAACAGGCUUUGGCUCUUAUAACCGGUUUGAGCAUUGCAUCCCAAACUUUAGGUUUGGGACAGCAAGUGGCAUGCUUUGCUGAUGUUUUAAGUCUUUCCUCCCUCUGUCGGCUCCCUUCGCGCCCCGAAGGAAGCGCUGCGAGUUCUCCUCGUCCUGCGGGCAGCACUUUGCAGCCCAUGGCGACACACACCCCACACGCGUGUUUUCAUCCCCGGGGACCCCACCACGCGUGUUUUCAGCUCACUGGACGAGGUACGAGGCCCACACCUCGCCCUGACCCCACCGCGGUGCUUCAGCAGGCCCCGGCCCCACCGGGACCGGCCGCCCCCUUCUCCUCCUCCCCCCGCAGCAGACCCAUGACGAGGGCUCCAGCCUCUUUCCUGCGGGCCCGGCCGUGCCUCCCUUUGUGCCCCGGCGGCGGGGCCGCCCCGACCCGGUGCUGCCCGGUGCUGCCCGGCCCGGUCCCCGCCGUCCCCUCAGCGAGGACCGGCGGCCUCCGAGGGCCCGGUCCGGCCGCCCCCGCCUCCCCGGCGGAGCCCUGCGGCGCAUGCCUCCCUCUCCCCGGGGGCAGGGAAGGAAGCGCCGCCCGCCCCUGCACCAAGCGCGGCGGGCAGCGGCCGCUCGGAGCUCGGGAACGGGGCGCAACGGAGCGGCUGCGACCGGCCCGGGGAAGCCGCCGGGACGCCGCUGCCUGUCCCCCACCCCCGUCCCCGCCUCGGUCACACCCGCGGCGGCAGCAGGAUGGAAAAGAGACCAGUCUGAAAAACGCCUCCUUCGUGGACUUUGCUGUUGCCUGCUAGAAUGUUCCUUAUGAAUGCUUCUCCCUUGGUAGCUCUUCAAACACAAUGGGAGUCCUUUGGGCCAGCAAGGAAUUGUAGAUACCCUGUUUGCUUCUCUGAAUCCGAAGGGAACGUCACUAGAACCUCUGUAAGCGCGAAAGUUCAGAUGAUCAUAAACGGCCUGCAAAGUCAAGAGUCUCCCCUGGGUAUGAACAAUGAGUAUGAUUGUAUUAUGCAGAAGAAACAAAAGGGAGAAAAGGGCACCGGUAAUAGGGUCGCAUCCAGCACCACUUUGCUGCGGAAGCAUCCUAAAUAUACCGAGCGUGGUUGUCCUGCUGGUUCAGACGACACUGAAGUGGAAGUGAAUGUGGGAUUUGAGACUCUCUUGCUCGAUUCUGAUAGUGACGACUCUGUUGACCGAGGUAUAGAAGAAGCCAUUCAAGAGUACUUGAAAGCAAAAAGCAAAAGUGACCAGUCGUUACAGAGGAAUGCAGAGUGCUCUGAAAAUAUAAGCAGAGACAAAAGGUUUAAGAGACAGUUCUCCCAGAACAAAAUGUCUAGUGACCUGCUACCUGUGAAAUUUAAAGCAGAGAUGCUCUCUGAAGAGUACCUUUCUGACCAGCUGGGACUUGGUAAAAGGCUACAGCCUGCUUCCCCUCAAAGCAUCAGCAGUGAUGAUUCCUUUGAACAAAGCAUACAAGCUGAAAUAGUGCAGUUCUUGAAUGAGAAAAAGCAGCAAGAAAUUAGCAAGUGUGUAAUCGGGGAGGAUAAAAAAGAUUCCCAGGUGAGGUCUGUCCUAAAAAGCAACAAACAACCGACAAACAAAACAAAUUGUGGUGCUAUGAAGCAAGAUUGUAACGCGCUCCUCUUGAGACACCAUCCCAAGCUACGGAAAACCAGCACGCAGUCCAAGUGUCUGAAGGCUAAAAUCCAGGAAGAGCCCGGUGAUUUCAACCGAGUGAACCGAGCGUACCUAGAAAUGGCCACUGCCAGCCAGCCCUGGUUAAUGCAGCAAAAUAAAGAAAGUGGAGCUCAUUACUGGGAAACUAGGGGAGCGCUUCUGAAUGAGAGCAUGCACGCCUCUGACUCGAGUAGCGAUGAUGGUAUUGAAGAAGCCAUUCAGCUUUACCAGCUAGAGAAGAUCAGGAAGGAGGCAGGUCACCCAACGGGCUCUGUCCUUUUGCAAAGGGAGCAAUUUGACGCAAAGGGGAUAGCCGACAUUUCUGCAAGCCUGACAAUUAGCUCAGCAAAAAGUGCCUCACCAGAACUCCAUAAGAACCCUAUCAGCAACAAAAGAAAAGAGAUUAAUUCGAAGUCAACAGAAUUAGAAAGCACCAGCAAUGAAUUUAACAAGCUGUUUAAACCACUGAAAAAAGCCAGACACUUUGUACCUCCGGAAAACAAGAUUGCUGCUUGUGAGCUCACACUGCAGGCCUCUUGCAGGGCAGACACAUCUGCAGAACUCAUGUGUGCAGAAGCUAUCCUUGAUAUUUCCAAAACAAUCAUGCCAUCCCAAAUGGGAAGUGACAACAGAUCGCUCACUACGGACUCCUUCUUUUCUCCCCAGAUUCUCUCAUCCUCCCAGUGUGAAAGUGACAACAGCCUCGUGGACAGUGAUGAUAGCAUAGAGCAAGAAAUCAGGGCUUUUUUGGCUCUGAAAGCUCAGUCGGAAAGCCUCGUAACAAAGCCUUCCAGCCUGUCACACUCGAUCCAGAUGCCUUUGCCAUCUGAUCAAAACAGCCUCACUGGUACUCUCGAGCCUUCUCUUCCCAAAACACUGAAGCUAUCACUGAGUCGUAAAAGGAGACUUAAAAGGGAAGGCAGAAUAGUGAAACAAGAUGCAUCAAAAGCACCUGAACUGCUGGGGACGGGAUUUUUCCAGCCGGAUACCUAUUCAAAAUCUCCUCUGCUCCACGAGGGGUGUGCCCCGAGCAGCCCUGAAGAACUCUGUGAUGCCCGGAGGCUCGACAGCAAUGAGACUACCCAGCAGCAGCUGAUCUCUUCUGAGCUGUGCGCAUCUGCUGACAAAUACGUGGCCUUGGAUUCUGUAAAUCCUUUUUUGCAGGUUCAGAGCGGUGCGAGAAAGCUUAUGAAAAAUACCACCCAAACUCAAGAGAGAGACGGUUCAGCUGAUGAGAGCAGUUCUCUGGAUAGUGAUGAGGACCUUGAUAGUGCCAUCAAGGACCUUUUACGGUCUAAAAGAAAAUUAAAGAAGAAGUCUAAGGAGCAGAAAUCUCAAUGCAAGAAGAGAGUUAGGUUUACCGAGACAGACGCUCAGCUGCUGGAUGAAUUUAGUAGCCUCCAACAAAAUGAGUGGAAAUGUAAAAAUCCUGUGCUACUGAAAAGUUGCCUGUCAAAAUCUAGAAAAGCUGUGAAAGAGAAUGCAAUCAGAAAUCCUCCAGACAACAUAAAUGUCAAAGUUUCAAAUGAAAGGCCAGAAACCGUUAAGAACUUAGAGUUUGAUUUACAGCUUAAAAAAGGAUAUAAACCCGAACCAAUUUCAAACCAGAAUAACCUGCGGGUAGCUAAGAAUAAAAAAUGUACUUUCACAGCUGCAUCAGACGCUGAUGAUAGCAGUUCAGUGGAUAGCGACGACAGCAUUGAACAAGAAAUCAGGAAGUUUUUGGCAGAAAAAGCUAAAGACUCUGCAAGCAAUUCAGAGAUGCAGAGAGAUGAUGCAACUCUAGACCUAUUGAGGGUGACCAAACAAACUGCUAAUAAAGGAAAAGCAAAGCAACAGCCAGUUGAAAAUGAGGUUGGCCUCUUGCUGGGCCAGAGUAAAAAGACUAAGGUGUCCCAGCAAGCCAACGAGUUGAAGAACUCUCAGAGAACGGAAGGGAAAAGUGCAAUGUUACUUGACAGUGAGAAAGCUGCUCCCUCGGUGGAGAACGUUUAUCUUCAUACUACUGGUCAGUCAAAAGCUAAACAAGGAAUGGGGGGGGUUAAAGGUGGUGCUGCUGGUGAGUUACCUGGAAACGCAACAGGUAAAAAGGACAUCCCUAACAAAGAACCUGUGCAGAAAACACUUCCAGCUAAAAACAGCAAAAAUGAAGGUUGUAAAGUACGAAAAGUGGCUAAUGCGAAAUCUCGAUCUAAAAGAAAGAACACCUUUCACUUAAAAAUUUCGAGUAAAUUUAUCGCGGGUCUCAAGUACGCUCGGGAAAGGAAGAAAUCCAUGCUUUUGAUGAAAAAGCAAAAAGCAGAGCAGGCGCUCAGCCAGAGCAGUGCAUUAGGAAUGGAGGUAGAUUCCCAGGAUACGGACGUACUUAAGCAGGGAAGAGAAGCCUCCCAGCCAAAAGGUGAAUUUAGCGGGGAGAAUAAGGCAGCAAUAAAAGAAUCCAGUUCUUCUCAGAAGCUCGCUGUGGGAGCGUCAGGUCCCCAUGUAGCAGAAAGCUGUGAAAGACUGGGGGCUGCUCCUUUGUAUAUCACAGAGGAAGCUGAGGGUUGCCAAAAGGCUGCCACUGCAGGAGACCACUCAGAUUCACAAUCGAGUCUCCCCUCGCAGGAACGGAGCGUGGCAGCAGUAACAGCAGAUAAGGCUUGCAGAGGAACAUCCAAAGCUGAGAACAGAGAGAUAUGUAUGAAGGAAGGAGAUAUCCACAAAGACAGCUGGGCAGGUUUGAAUUUAGGUCCCCCUCUCCCACAACACGCUAUGGCAGCAGUAAAAGCUGAUAAAGUUAGUGGAGAGACGUGUCAGGAGAGUAUACGUGUGUGCAGUAAUGGAGAGAAUAACCAGCAGGACAGCGUGUCAGACCCAAGUUCAGGUUGCCCGCUGCAGGAACUAACUGUAACAACAGUAACAGCGGAUAAAACUAGUCGAGGAGCAUGCGUGGAUAACAGUGUGCACGCGUGCGUUAAGAAGGAAGAAGUUCUCCACCAGGACAGUGACAGGCAGGAAGAAUUUCAGGUAUCCAGAUCCAGAUUGGAAGGAAAGCUGCCCGCCCUGCAGAAUAGGGAAGCUGAUUGUGAACUGGACCAAGGGCAGGAAGUUCUAGACAAAAGCUGUGCAAAAUUUACUGACGUACCCGCAGGGGACUGCCCAGAUUCCCUCUUGAAAAUAAAGGUUUCAGAUAUGAGAAGAAAGGGAAGUUAUGAGAAACCCGAGGCAUUGUCUAGAGUCUAGCAGAGGAAUAGCAGUGAGUGCUAGAGGGUUGCUUAUUUAUUUUCAUGUGUUAAAUGUUAAAAAAGUUAACUUUUCAGGUCCAUUUCUAUGCUCAGUAUGUUUACUUGUUCAAAUCUGUGGGUGUUUUUUCAGCUAUUGUCUUUGAGAUACCCAAAUUAAUUGCAGUGUAUGACUGGGAUUGUUUGGUAGCCUUGAUUAAAAUCUUGCUGGUGGAUUCUUUGAAUCUUUGAAUGUUAAAAAAAAAAAAAAAAAAAAAAAAAAAAGUACAGGCUCGGUGACAUGCUGUUUGGUUUUGAACUUCAUGUUCUUGGACUUCUGAUUUUUACUUAGUCACUUUAACUAAACAAAUAGUUUACCUUACCCUUACCUAACAAAUGUAUUUAAAUUUAUCAUCUUGUCAUGCUUCCUAAAUGGUUAAUAAGACUAUAUAAAAAUGACACAAAUAUUUAUAACAAAUGAAGAAUAUCUUUGCUGUGGUACCAGCACAUAUUAUACUGUUGUUUUUUUUUGGCUAUCAGCUGGAAUAGUAUUAUGCUUCUUUUUUAUAUAUACUAUCACUAUGUUUAACUGGUAAGGUCAGAGAUUCUCAUCCAUAAAGAGGCUAGUUUCUCUUCAAAAGUAGUUUUUAAGUAAAAUAUGAUACGGUGUUCCUUUUAGUGCAGGUACUGGAUAAAUGAUGCAGUUUCUCCGUCUAUGUAACUACAGUUGUUGCAAGAAAACUUAGGAAAGUGUUUUUUUUUCCUCUGGAUUAGUUGUCUUUUUCUCAAUAAUUUCUUAAGGCGUUGUAGUUUUGACAGAUAAGAAAGAUGAACAUGCUGUCUGCGAGAAACCAUUGAACAUCCAAAGGCUUAAUACAUACCUCUGGAAAACAUGCAUUUUGGUUAUUCAUUAAAUAGUACAGAAAUGGUUUUUAAAAAAUCUUAUUUAUUAAUGAUUUAUGAUAUAUGAGCCCAGAGUUUAAAGGAUUAAAGAGUUUAUUAAAGAAUUAAUUUAAAGAGUUAGAGAGAAAAGGUUAAGGGAAUGUAUUUUUUGUAAUGUAUGUCAUUCUACUAUUUCUAAGUAUAUGCUGCCUAUAAAUUAAAUAGAAUGUUUCAUGAGCUAUUUAAAUGUCAUUUAAUCACAUUCAGUAUUUAUAAACUAAGGUAUUAUUUCUAGUAAAAUUCAUUCCAUAAGUUAGUGAUUUUCAUCUCGCACCAAAGUUGCUGCAUGUGUUUUUCCGACCCAACUACUGAAUUCAGCUUUGAUAACAUGGAUUUAACUUUCUUUUCGCCCACAGCUAAAUUUGUGGCCUGAACUAGUUAGGAGUCCUAUUUAAAAAAAUACAUACAAGAGUUUGGAGUUGGGGGGAUCACUUCUAGAAAUGUACUGCUACCUUUAACCUGUUAAUUUUGUAGCUAUUUUGUCAUGUUGUAAUAGCAAGCCUUAUGUUACUAAGCUUUUAUUCCUAUGUUCUGGAGAAAAAAAUCUCAUUAAAUUCUAACUUAUGUGUUUAAUAGUGUGAACAUGUGUGUUAAUCUGUUGCUGCUUAUUGUGCCAUAUGAUUUUUUUUGACAGUUUAUAGUGUUUUACUGCCCUUGGGGACAACAACUACAAUUUUCAGCAUUGCUUAAGUGCUGUAUAUUCCUCGCAGCAGACACAAUGCUAAUGCCAUGGAAGCCAGUGAUCAGAGAGAAGUAAUUGUCCCUUCCCUGCUUAUCUUAGCAGAGAAUCAAUAUUGGGUGAGCAACAAAGCCCAUCUAAGAAUAAUAGCUGCGUGGCGGAGCAGCAUGGCCUGGGACACCUGGUAGCAGCCACAGCAUUCCUGUAUACUCACGGGCGUUCAGAACAACAUUAUUUUCCUGCAUGUGUUUCUUUAUUAAGACAACAGCUCCGAAACAGCAGAUUAAGUUUAGGACUCUCUCAACACUGUGGUUGUCAUACCGGGUUGCUUACCCACUUAAUUCCCUGCGCACAGCCUACGUUUCUGCUGUGACAACAGAUUUAAGGUAAGGUCAGUGCUGUUCUUUGCCUGCUUAUUUUUUGUAGGGGAUGU